AUGGUCAACGAGCGAGAGCCACCACGUCCGGCGCCUCCACGGCAACCACUUGUCCCGAAACAGGUCUACGAUCUCACAAAUUCUCCCGAUCCAGAGUUCGGCAAGACCAGCCCUUUGCGCAAUCCGCUCAAAACGGACGACAAGAGCUAUUCGCAUCUAUUCAUCCCGCAGAAGCCAAUCAAUCGCCCGGAAUGGCAUAGACCAACCCAGCAACCAAAACCUGCUCAGCCGCUGCCGGGCUAUGUAGGGGUUCCGCAACCAAGCAAUCUGCCGUCUUACACUACGCAGCCCGCACCGCGACCUAUGUUCUCUUCCUUCAAUGGCGGCACGGGCGGUUUCCAGCCCGUCAACGGCUUUGCUCCGCCGCGAGCGACCGUCGAUCUCACUAAGCAAGACGACGAUGAGUUCGAUCCAGACAAAGCACUAGCGGAUGAUAGAUUUGGCGCGCCGAACCCCUACGAGUAUGUAGAUGCAACCAAGGCGAACGAGAACAUCAAAGCGCUCCUGGAAGGUGCGUUCGAUGAUGACGAAGAACAGAAGCCGCGCUUGCGGCGACGUAAGAAAAAGGCGGAGCCUUCGACGGCCUUUAACCAACUCGCCGACAAGCUUGCCGCACUGGAAGUCAAGGAAGAGGAAAAGGACAAAGCAGAAGAAGAGGAAGAGGAGGUGGACGAUGGCACGGUCGAGGGUCUCAACGUCAAGCUGCUCCCUCACCAAGUGGACGGCGUAGCCUGGAUGACCGACAAAGAAGUCGGCACGCGCAAGAAGAAUGGCGUGCUACCCAAGGGCGGCAUCCUGGCAGACGACAUGGGUCUCGGCAAGACGAUCCAGUCCCUCGCUCUUUUCCUGACCAACCCUCGUCCCGAUGAAGUCGAACUGUCCAAAGAUCCGAAGCGCAAAAUCUCUCCAUCAGUGUCGAAGUGCACGUUGGUGGUCGCGCCUCUGGCUCUUAUCAAGCAAUGGGAGGCCGAAAUCAAGUCCAAAGUUACCAAAUCGCACGCCCUCCGCGUGUUGGUACACCACGGCCCCUCGCGCACGAAGCGUGCAGCCGACCUCCAGAAAUACGACGUCGUGAUCACGACGUACCAAAUCCUCGCGUCUGAGCACGCCUCCAGCUCCGGCGACGAUGAUGGGCCGAAGAUCGGCUGUUUCGGCGUGAAUUGGUACCGCAUCAUCUUGGACGAGGCGCACACCAUCAAAAACCGCAACGCAAAGUCGACACAGGCGUGUUAUGCGCUGAGAGGAUUGUAUAGGUGGUGUUUGACGGGGACGCCUAUGCAAAACAACCUCGAUGAGCUGCAGAGCUUGAUCAGGUUCUUGAGGAUCAAGCCGUACAACGAGCUCAGGCCGUGGAAAGACCAGAUCACCGGGCCGAUGAAGAAUGGACGCGGUACGCUGGCUAUGAAGCGACUGCAGUAUUUCCUCAAGGCGUUUAUGAAGCGGCGUACGAAGGACGUGCUCAAGAAGGAGGGCGCGCUGAAUCCAGGCGGCAAGGUCAAGGAUGAAGGGUCAGGAUCAGCCGGCUUCAGAAUUAUGGGCAGGAAGAUCGAGACUGUGACUGCUCAGUUUGAUGCAGAUGAGCGCCGUUUUUACAACAGGCUCGCCGACCGCGCCCAGAACAGACUUGAUGAGAUGAUGGGAGGAGAGAAGACCGACUAUAUCGGUGCUUUGGUCCUUCUGCUCCGUUUGCGACAGGCUUGCAAUCAUCCUGAGCUCGUUGGCAGCAACCUCAAGAAAGACAAGGAUGCGCUUGCGACAGGCUCGAAGGCCCCAUCUGGCGCCCAGACACCGAGCCGAUCGAGGGCUGUCAAUGACGAUGCAGACGAUCUCGCUGACUUGCUAGGAAGCCUGAGCGUGGGUACGAAAUCUUGCGAUGUCUGCCAGAGCGAGCUCUCCAAAGCCGAAGUGAGCAACGGCGCCAUUCGGUGUGUGGACUGCGAGCAAGAUCUGUCGGCGCAGAAGCAGCGACACAAGAAGAAGAAAGACCAUCCUAGCAAGAACAAGAAGCACCAAAAGCACAAGUCUGAGAACAGCGUUAAGGAAGAGGCAGACUCAAGCCCUCAACCACAGCUCCUCAAAUCCCGCCGCAAAUUCCGCGUCACGGACAGCGAAGACGAGGAGGAAGAAGGCGACUGGGUCGUGCCAAAGGGGCAGCGCAUCGCCGAACAUCUCGGCAAAGCUGGCGGCACCGACGACGAGAACGCUGAAGGCGGCGGCGAGUGGCUUACAUCGGAAGACUCGCUGGCUGCCAUUGAGCUAGCUGAGCAUUCCGACGUUGGCACCUCGCAGGAGAGCACGCAAAAGACGUCACGCAAGCUCAUCAGGCCCGCCACUUCAAACGACAUCAACACCGCCUCAGAAGACGAAGACCAAGACGAAGAGUCCGACGACGAAUCCACCGCGUCUGAAGACGAUUCAGACACAGACACCGACUCCACCUCUUCCGACCCCUCAAAGCUCAUCGCAUCUACCAAAAUCCGCCACCUCAUUGAGAUUCUUACGAAGGAGACCCCAGACCACAAAGUGAUAGUCUUCAGCCAAUUCACCUCGAUGCUCGACCUAAUCGAGCCCUUCCUGCGCGCCGCCUCCUUCACCUACACCCGCUACGACGGCAGCAUGCGCAACGACGCCCGCGAAGCCAGCCUCACCAAACUCCGCACCGACCCCCGCACCCGUGUGCUCCUCUGCUCGCUCAAGUGCGGCUCGCUGGGGCUGAACCUCACGGCCGCCUCCCGCGUCGUGAUACUGGAGCCGUUCUGGAAUCCCUUUGUGGAGGAGCAGGCGAUCGACCGCGUGCAUAGGCUCAACCAGACGGUGGAUGUGGUCGUGUAUAGACUCACGGUUGCGGCGACGGUGGAAGAGCGCAUCCUCGAGCUGCAGGAAGCGAAGAGGAAGUUGGCGAAUGCGGCGAUCGAGGGCGGGAAGGCGAUUGGGAAGUUGAGCAUGAAGGAUAUCAUGAAUUUGUUUAAGAGGGAUGCGGAGCUUGAUGGAGCGCAUAAGGAGGAGGAGGAGGGGCUGUUUGGGAAGAAGAGGGUGUUGGACGGGCCGGGGAGGGAGGAGGGCGCCAGGAUGGGGAUGGGGAGGAGGGAGAGGGUGGGUGAUGUGAGGCAGUUGGCUAGGAUUGAGGAUGCGGUGUUUGGUCGGCGCUGA